UGGCCUGCCAGUCUCCUUAUCAUUAGGAUAACAGCCAAUUAAUGAUUAAUUGCAAUGCAGAGGCCGAAGGACCAUUCGGACAGGAGACGCUUGACCACAUGGCUGAAGCACCAGAAUCCUCCCCUCGCCUCCUGAUGCGGCGCUUCUGGCAGGAGCAUUCGCAGGAUGGCUCUUUGCAGGAGAUGAUGCUGGAUUCGGGGGCCGAGGAGCUCACCCAAGAGGACACCCCCGAAAUCCUGGCCCUUUUGCCUUCGUUGGAAGGCCAAGACGUCUUGGAACUGGGAGCUGGGAUCGGCCGGUUCACCGGAUUCCUUGCGGAACAGGCGCGCCACGUCACGGCCGUGGACUUCAUCGGGAGCUUCGUGGCGCGAAACCAACAAGCAAACGGGCACCGGAGCAACAUCACAUUCAAACAGGCGGAUAUUACCACCCUAGAGAUGCCGAGCCAGAGCCUGGAUUUCGUCUUCUCCAACUGGCUUUUCAUGUAUCUCUCGGAUGACGAAUUGAGCGAAGCAGCCCAGAAAUUACUUCGUUGGUUGCGUCCCGGAGGCCAUCUCUUCUUCCGAGAGUCUUGCUUCUUCCAGUCGGGUGACACUCCCAGGGCCUUCAAUCCCACUCGCUAUCGGACGCCUGCAGAGUAUAACCACGUCCUCGCUUCGGCCCAAACGUCUUCGGGAGAGGAGCUCUUCGGGUUCGAGAUCGUCAUGUCCCGCUCUGUGCAGACGUACAUCAAGAGGAAGCGAAACCGGAACCAGGUUUGUUGGCUUCUCCAGAAAGUCGCCCGCAACCAAGACGAUGCCGGAGGAUAUGGAACCGUCCAGAAAUUCCUGGACACGGAGCAGUACGCGGCCCGCAGCAUCCGCCGCUACGAGUGGAUCUUCGGCCCCGGCUUCGUCAGCACCGGAGGACUCCGUACCACCAAGGAGCUGCUGGAGUUGUUAAAUCUGAAACCAUCUCAGAAAGUGCUGGACGUCGGAUGCGGGAUCGGCGGUGGCGAUUUCUAUAUGGCGAAGGAAUUCGGCGUGGAAGUUCUGGGUAUGGAUCUCUCCCACAAUAUGAUCGAAAUGGCUUUGGAACGAGCCCAAAAGGAGACUGGAUCGCUGGUCCAGUUUGAGAUUGGCGAUGCGACCCGAAGGACGUUCCCAGAAGGGUCUUUUGACGUGGUUUACAGCCGGGACACGAUUCUCCAUGUGGCAGACAAGGCCUCCCUCUUUCAGAGGUUCCUGUCGUGGCUGAAGCCAGGUGGGCAGCUCCUCAUCUCUGACUAUUGCUGUGGCCCUCGUCCCUGGUCAAGAGUCUUCACCGAAUACGUCAAUCAAAGAGGAUAUAGUCUGCUCACCCCAGAAGAAUACGGCCAGGUGCUGCAGGAGGCUGGCUUCGUCCAGGUGAAGGCCUUGGACCAUACGGAGCGGAUGCUGCUAGCGCUGAACCAAGAGCUGGAGGAGCUGGAGAAGAGCAGGGAACCAUUCAUUCAGGAAUUUUCGGGGAUCGAAUUUGAAUCCAUGGCUUCCGGAUGGCGGGCGAAACUGGGGCGCUGUGCGGACGGAGACCAACGCUGGGGCCUCUUUUGGGCCUUGAAACCACAGUAGCCAUUCAGUGGGCUGAAGGACAACACGUUUUCCCUUUCUUUCAUCCUCUCUUCCUUUCUUUCCUUUGCGUCUCCCGUUCCAGGUCUCUUCCCUGGAGUCUCUGGGGUUUGGAGGAAGGAAUGAUUUUCCAGUCUGUCCUGGAGAUCCAUUCACAUUCAUGC